AUGCUCGAAAAUCUUGUUGGUGAACUCGUCAUUUGGACGCUGUCGAAUGAGCUAGAUAGUCGCGUGAGCGCCUGCGGUUGUGUUGAAGGUGGACAUCAGGAGACGGUGAACAAAGUGGUCUGGAUUCCCCGUGGUGACUUCAACGCCCGUUCACCCGUGCUUACUGAACACCACCUAGUGACUUUCGGAGCUGAUGGUCGCAUCAUCUGCUGGAACCUUCAAUUGGGUCAUUCGAAAGCAUCCGCCCUGAAUUUGGUCAAAAUAUUCAAGAUAACGGGACGAGAUCAGUUAUCAGCGGCCAUUGAAGGUCAGUAUGCGUUAAGGCUGAACCCGGGUGUUGCGGAGAACAGAGACAGACCGUUGGGAAUUUCUUCAGCUGAAUUUUCCCCACAUUCACCAGAAGGCCUUAUCCUCGGAACGGACAGCGGUGGCGUUCUUGUUGCCCAAUUCCAAGUACCAGACUGGAGUGCUUUGCAGACCGACAUGGAAUGCGCACAUGCCUACCCGUCGCCGGUAAAGUAUGUUCUGGCACGAUAUGCCUCGCCCAUCCACUGCGUAGCAUGGAGUCCGUUCCACCGCAAUUUGGUCGGCAUAGCUGGUGCGUUCCCGGGGAUACAUUUGUUCAACAUCCUCGAAAGGACCCAGAUAUGCACAAUUGACACUAACGAGGGUCAGGUAUUCACACUCCGUUUCUCCAGCCAUGAGCCCUGCUUUCUGGCAUGUGGAUCGGAACGUGGCGUUGUAACGUUCUUUAAUCUGUGUGAUUUCAAUGGUGGGCCGGAACAUGAAGAUUACACUGGCAGUCGUUCCAUCCCGGUCCCGACAAAUCGUUUUGAAUUGAAGAAGCAGAAAGACCGUGCAAAUCCAGUCUUUUGUAUGAUGUUUAAUGACAAAACGGACUCGCUUUUGGCGGUGGGUGACCAAGCAGGAUCCGUUUCUGUUUACAACACCUCCACAAUUAGGUCACCUGGCCUGCUUUCUGAUAAGUUGCUCAAACUCGAGAAUUUUGUCAACUCUGUCUCCUCAUAA